AUGCUGCUUUUAGGAGUUUUAUUUUCGCUGGUAUUUUCAAGUGCCAUUGCCAUUGAAAACGAAACUGAAUUCAUUACAAAUGGAACUGACGUUUGUACAUGUGCACCGAAAUCUGAGUUAGCUGAAGUGCGUGAGGAGCAACAGCGUCAGGCAGUCAUUUUGGAAGGAUUGGCCAAAAAUUUCGUUAGCUUUGUGACAAAUACUUACCCAACCAGCUGCGCCGAAUCAUCCAACAGCAGUAAACUCUUGGUUCGCUUGCCUGAGUACAGUGCGUACCCCUUCGAGGUGACCUGCGAUCAGGAAAGCCACGGUGGAGGUUGGACGGUGUUUCUGCGUCGCAACGAUGGCAGCCAGGACUUUUACCUUGGGUGGGAGGACUACCAAAAAGGCUUUGGCGAUCUGGACAACGAGUUCUUUAUGGGGCUGGACAAGUUACACGCCUUGACGGCGUCGGAGCCCCAGGAGCUUCUGGUCAUCCUGGCGGAUUUCAAUGGUAGUGCGGGCUACGCGCGCUACGAUUCGUUUAAAAUUGGUCCAGAGAGCAACAACUACACAAUGGAAUCGUUGGGAUUAUAUUCGGGGAACUUCGGCGACUCUCUCAGUCGUCACAGGAGUAUGCAGUUUAGCACCAAGGAUCGCGAUAACGACCUUUGGGGUGGGAACUGUGCCGAAUCCUUUACUGGAGCUUGGUGGUUUGGUAAUUGUCUUGACAGCGACUUGUGUGGGUUGUACGGCGAGGAUCAGGGUAAUGGCGGCAUUACUUGGUGGAACUUCGAAAGCAAUUGGAAUAACAUGAAACAUGCCGUCAUGUUGAUCAGGCCGCUUUCAUCCGCUUCAUAACGUGGAUUAUUAGAAAGUAAACUGAAACUUUGUAAAAAUCCUCCUGGAAUGGUGAUCAUAGGAGGCAAUAGUUCUUUUAAAAUGAAAAAUUUCUU